AUGACACCCCCGCCUAUGCCAGAUAGCCCAGGGAGGGCCAGAACCUCUACCAUGUGCCGAGACGCCACUCAAUUCAGUUUUUAUCUCACCUUUUGGGAGACGGUCACCAUUACAGAAGGCUAUUCUACAACAUUCUCUGAGGUUAUCUACCCGAACAGCAUUCUCCAUCUUCGUAUUCCCCUUCCACCCCCAGAAUACAUACAGCAAAGUCUAGUACCUGAAUUUUAUGAAGCUCUCCGCGAGGGGCAUUCGCCACACAUCAUCACCCUUGAGGGACCACAUCUACUUCACCAAUUCUCGCUCAAGGAACUACAAGGCUAUUUUUGGACGAAAUAUGUGCGUGCCAUGUUGGAGAGCCCCAGAAAGAGUUCAGUGUUGGACUUGAUGGAGCUGAAAUUUCGGGAGCUUAACCAGUCAUGCGAUAACAUGUUCAGCUCAAGCGAAGAACACACACUUUCGAUUCCAGUUCCGAGCAACGGCCAUUCGUUCCUGCAAAACACGCCGAAAACGUGCACAGUUGACACCGCAGCUCUUUGUCGCUUGCAGGGCUUCAACGUUACUCCUGGGUCUAUCGAACUUCUUUACGACUUGUCGAAAAAGUUAGGGAAAGGUUGCUUCGAACCGCCUCACUGGGACAUAAUCUUUUUUGUUAUCGAGGCAAAGUACGAGAAGGUGGAAGAUGGUGGCCGCCAAGUCAUCAUGGAUCUUGUUGUUCUCAGUGAACAUUACAAGAUACUGAGGAUCGGUGCUUUUAGAUUGUGGGGUAUGGCUAUAGCAACAGAUGGGUGCCGAAUCUACUCCGGCGAGGUUGACGAUGCAGGAAAGAUGACUAUCAGACUCGACCCGCGAUAUCGAACGCUUUCGUUACAGGAUGCAUAUGGCUGGCUACAAUUAUACGAAAUAUUUGGAUCUAUUGCUGCAGACGCACGCGUCAAUCUCAUCGCCAAGGUGGAAGCUAUUGCUCGCAAGACACCUUUUCUUGAUGCAAAGUCUGUAGACCAAGAGCAGCUGGUCAUAAGGCAGCCAACCCCCCAUCGUCCGGCGAUGAUGGAAGCAGGUAUCAAAUGCCUCUUUGGUCUCCCAGAUGGAGAGAACGUCGGAGAUCGGUUUGAAGACGAAGCUGAGGCCCACCACAUAUGA